AUGAAGGUAGCAAUCUUCAGUUAUGUCUGGAAAACGAGCAAAGGACAAUGGGAAGAAGCAAGGGCCAAAUAUUAUUGGAAAACCAAAAGACCGAUCUACCGUUCGCACAUCGACAAGGCAGUCGCUUAUAAGAGAAGAGAAAUGGUGAAGAAUCUUCAGAAGCAAUUCAGUGCCCUGCUCGGCACAACACCUGUGGUGGAAAAGAAGGCCCCUUCAAGUUUUCAGUUCAGCUGGACUGAAGGAGACACCUAUAGCCCUUGUUUCCAUGGACAUAGCCUCCAGGGACUCCUGAUAACGAAAGGCCAGUCCUUGAUAACCAAGAACUCACUGUAUUGGCUCAGUACCCAGAAAUUCUGCAAAAGCUACUGUAAACAUGUGACAACCUAUGAAGAGUCAAACUUUUCUCUGAGUUACCAGUUUAUACUAAACAUCUUCUCGUUCUUACUAAGAAUAAAGACUUCUGUUCUCCAUGAAGAAGUGAGCUUAAUUGAAAAGAAACUUUUUGAAAAAAAAUACAAUGAAUCAAAAAGGAGGUCAAGACCCAAAAAAGUAAGAAGACACUGAGAACCAGAGAAGGGUGUGCUCUAUAGGAUAACAUCGGAUCUUAGGGAAUUGUGGGAAACACAUUAUUCUAUACACAUACAUGUUGAUAUAUAUCUUUAUAUGCAUUGUAAAAUAUGUGAACUUUGAAUUAUUUUCAUAAAUGUUUUUUUUCAGGAAAGUA